CACCGUCGACCAUUUCCCUGUCCUAACAUCCCUAAAUCUUCCAAAAAAAUCGUUGACCCCCAAUUGACCAAAAAAAAUGGGCAACAACUGCAGCAGCGGCACUCUCCCCUCCUCCCCCGAAGACCCGGCCGACCACCACCACCACCCAUCAAACGGUGCCGUCCGCAUCCUCCCUCCCAAUGCCCCCGCCCCACCCAAACCCAAACAUCACACACCCCCAACCACCACCUCCGCUUCCAGCACCGCUCCCAUCGGCCGGGUCCUCGGCCGGCCCAUGGAAGACGUCCGGUCCACCUACACCUUCGGCCGCGAGCUCGGCCGCGGCCAAUUCGGCGUCACCUACCUCGUCACCGAUAAGCAGACCAAGCAGCUGUUCGCCUGCAAAUCCAUCGCCACCCGCAAGCUCUCCAACCAAGACGACGUGGAGGACGUCCGCCGCGAGGUCCAGAUCAUGCACCACCUCACCGGCCACCGCAACAUCGUCGAGCUCAAGGGAGCUUACGAGGACCGACACUCCGUGAACCUCGUCAUGGAGCUCUGCGCCGGCGGCGAGCUCUUCGAUCGGAUCAUUGCCAAAGGGCAUUACUCCGAGCGAGCUGCGGCCAAUCUCUGCCGCCAGAUCGUCACCGUGGUCCACUACUGUCACUCGAUGGGGGUUAUGCACCGGGAUUUGAAACCGGAGAACUUCUUGCUCUUGAGCAAGGACGAGGACUCGCCGCUCAAGGCCACCGAUUUCGGGCUUUCGGUGUUUUUUAAGCCAGGAGAUGUAUUUAAGGAUCUUGUGGGAAGUGCAUAUUAUGUUGCUCCUGAAGUGCUACGUCGUCGUUAUGGAGCUGAGGCUGAUAUUUGGAGUGCAGGGGUGAUACUAUACAUUCUACUUUGUGGGGUACCACCAUUCUGGGGAGAGAAUGAACAAGGUAUCUUUGACGCAAUCCUUCGGGGACAUCUUGACUUCGCAUCUGACCCUUGGCCUUCCAUAUCCAGCAGUGCCAAAGAUCUUGUGAAGAAAAUGCUCCGAGCUGAUCCUAAGGAACGACUUACUGCAGCUGACGUCCUAAGCCAUCCAUGGAUGCGAGAAGAUGGUGAUGCAUCUGAUAAACCUCUUGAUAUUGCCGUUCUAUCUAGAAUGAAACAGUUCAGGGCAAUGAACAAACUCAAGAAAGUAGCAUUGAAGGUAAUUGCAGAAAAUCUUUCUGAAGAGGAAAUCAUAGGCUUGAAGGAAAUGUUCAAAUCCAUGGACACAGAUAACAGUGGAACAAUUACAUAUGAAGAGUUAAAAGCUGGCCUUCCAAAACUCGGUACCAAGCUCUCUGAGUCAGAAGUGAGACAGUUGAUGGAAGCGGCUGAUGUGGAUGGAAAUGGAACGAUUGACUACAUCGAGUUUAUAACCGCUACUAUGCACAUGAAUAGAAUGGAAAGAGAGGACCAUUUAUACACAGCCUUUGAAUAUUUUGACAAAGACAAGAGCGGGUACAUCACGAUGGAAGAAUUGGAGCAAGCACUUAAGAAGUAUAAUAUGGGCGAUGAGAAAACAAUUAAGGAAAUCAUUGCAGAAGUUGACACGGACCGUGAUGGAAGGAUUAACUACGAUGAAUUUGCAGCCAUGAUGAGGAAGGGCAAUCCUGAGUUGGUCACAAAUAGACGAAGAAAAUAAAUUAAACACAGUUUGAAUGUUUUGCUGGGCUGGCUUAACCAGUUUUCUUAAUCUUGCGGGUUCCUGAUACACCUUGAGAUAUGUACCACUUACAAUCUCAGUUUAGCUGGUUGGGAUUGCAAGUCCUUGGCCUGCCCUUCGGCAGGAUAAUCCUCCUGCUGUUUGCAGGGGAGAUUUCUCCUUUCUGGCAAUUUAUGCGGUGCAGUGUAAGAGCAAAUGCGGGUUCUCUGACCCCAACUCCCAAGUUAUGUAAUCCUCCCUAUUUUUCCUGUCUGUUUCGCGGUUUUUUUACCUUGUAACUGAAUGUUGGUUUGCUCGUCAGCCACACUAUCCUUGCAACUGAAAUGUUGGUUUGCUUUUGAGCCACACUAUCAAUAGGGCAAUAUCAAAGCAGUAGAAGCUAGAAAUGUAAUGAUUUGGAUUUUGCCUACAUUUUUAUUUGCCUUCAAGAACUGUUCAAGGGAAGCUAUUUAUAUUUAUGGAUGAAGAUUUCUUCUGGUUUUUUCA